GUCAAUUGACUACAGUAACUACCAAUGUGUUGUUAUUGGUUCUAUGAACUCGGUUUGCUCACACUGUAAGGCAUUAAAAUACAAAAACGAAGCCAAUGGAUUGUGUUGCGCAAAUGGUAAAGUGAAAUUAAUACCAUUGUAUCCACCACCAGAACCAUUGUACUCAUUGGUUUCAGGAAUAGGAACAGAUUCUAUACACUUUUUGACACAUAUCCAACAAUAUAACAAUUGCUUUCAAAUGACUUCAUUUGGGGCAACAAAUGUAGUUCGGGAAAAUUUUAUGCCAACUUUCAAGUUGUAGAAAACUUGGAAUCCCGUGAUAUUGUUUUACAUCGUCGGAAUGAUCAAUUACAACGUAUAAAGGAAACACACCGCUCAUAUGAUGCACUGCAAUAUCCCAUUAUAUUUUGGCAAGGUGAAGAUGGCUACAAUUUCUCAACAAAAGUGAUAAAUCCCAUUACAGGUUCUGAAACCAACAGAAAAGUCAGUUCAAUGAACUAUUAUUCAUACCGCCUAAUGAUUCGGGAAAAUGAAGAUAAUCACAUAUUGAAAUGUCGGCGAUUAUAUCACAAAUAUGUUGUUGACAUGUAUGUUAAAAUUGAAACGGAGAGAUUAACAUUCAUCAGGUUGAAUCAAACCAAACUCCGAUCUGAAGAGUAUAUUCACCUUCGAGAUGCGAUUAAUACUGAUGGAAAUGCACAGAAUGUCGGUCGGAUGACUAUUCUUCCAGCAACAUACAUCGGAAGCCCUCGGCAUAUGCACGAAUAUGCUCAAGAUGCCAUGUCGUAUGCUCGUCAUUAUGGUACAGCAGAUUUGUUCAUCACAUUUACAUGCAAUCCGCAAUGGAUAGAAAUCAAGCAGGAGUUAUUCUCUGGGCAAUCACCCAUUGAUCGUCAUGAUAUUACAGCCAGAGUAUUUAGACAAAAGUUGAAAUGAUUAAUGGAUUUCAUCGUAAAACAUAAUGUGUUUGGUGAGACCCGCUGCUGGAUGUAUUCUGUGGAGUGGCAGAAACGAGGAUUGCCACAUGCACACAUUUUGAUUUGGUUGGUUGAAAAGAUAAGGCCAAAUGAAGUUGAUGCAGUGAUAUCAGCUGAAAUCCCUGAUGUACAAGUAGAUCCUGGAUUACAUGAGGUAGUUAUCAAACACAUGAUACAUGGUCCCUGUGGAACUCUUAAUCAAAAUUCACCGUGUAUGAUGGAUGGUAAAUGUUCAAAACGAUAUCCACAAACAUUAAUAUCGGAAACAAUUACUGGUAAUGACGGUUAUCCAUUGUAUCGUCGCAGAUCGACAGCAGACAAUGGAAAAUCAACAAUUGUCAAAUUAAAUCAACAAGAUAUUGAAAUAGAUAAUCGUUGGAUUGUUCCAUAUUCACCCAUUUCAUCAAAGAUAUUCAAAGCACACAUCAACGUUGAAUCUUGCCAUUGAGUGAAAUCAAUUAAAUACAUUUGCAAAUAUGUAACCAAAGAGAGUGAUAUGGCUGUGAUUGGAAUUGGUGCAGAGAAUUCCAAUGAAGUUACCCAAUACCAAAUGGGCCGCUAUGUCAGUAGUAAUGAAGCAGUUUGGCGAAUAUUUUCUUUUCCUAUUCAUGAGAGACACCCUUCUGUUGUUCACUUAGCUGUGCAUUUAGAAAAUGGACAAAGAGUGUAUUUUACAACACAGAACGCAGUACAAAGAGCUGCUCAGCCACCAUCUACUACAUUAACCAGUUUUUUUGAGACAUUCCAAAACGAUGAUUUCGCACAAACAUUGCUAUAUUCGGAAAUGCCAAAAUAUUAUACCUGGAAUCAAUCCUCAAGGAGAUUUAUACGACGGAAACAAGGAAAACCAGUUCCAGGAUAUACAGAUGUAUAUUCCACCGAUGCGAUUGGCCGGAUUUAUUCAGUACAUCCAAGCAAUGAUGAAUGUUUUUAUUUACGACUGCUAUUAGUCAAUGUACGUGGCGCAACAUCAUUCCAACAGUUACGAACUGUUGAUGGUGAAUUGUGUGGAUCCUACAGAGAAGCCUGUAAACGUUUGCAAUUACUUGAAAAUGACGCUCAUUGGGAUCAAACUCUCAAUGAUGCUGUAAUAUCAUCACACGCUCAUCAAAUACGAACAUUGUUUUCUAUAAUCAUAUCUACAUGCUUCCCAUCAAACCCAAUUGAUUUGUGGAUCAAGUAAAAAGAUUAUAUGUGUGAUGAUAUUUUGUAUCAAAUACGGAAUAGAAUGGGAAAUCCAAAUAUACAAAUCAGUGAAGAAAUUUACAAUGAAGCAUUGAUUUCAAUUGAGGACAUGUGCUUGAUAAUGUCAAACAAACUAUUAAUUCAAUUAGGCCUGACCGCGCCCAAUCGUCCAAUGCAUGACGCUUUUAACCAAGAGUUGCAUCGAGAAAGACUGUAUGAUCUCAACGCUUUGAAAGAAUUAAUUCAAACAAAUCUUCCACUGUUAAAUGAACAACAAAGUAUGUAUUUGAAACUCUUAUGAAAGUAACAAAUGAUGAAACUGGAGGGAUUUACUUCUUAGAUGCACCUGGUGGUACAGGAAAAACUUUUUUGAUUUCAUUAAUAUUAGCAACAAUUCGCUCACAAAAUAAAAUUGCACUUGCACUCGCUUCGUCGGGAAUCGCAGCAACUUUGCUUGAAGGUGGUCGAACAGCCCAUUCAGCACUAAAAUUGCCAUUAAAUAUGCAAAGCAAUAAAACUCCAACCUGUAACGUUUCGAAGAACUCUGCAAUGGCAAAGGUUUUGCAGCAAUGUAAAUUGAUUGUUUGGGAUGAAUGCACGAUGGCACAUAAAAAAUCUUUGGAGGCUUUAGACAGAACCUUAAAAGAUCUACGGAGCAAUAAUAACCGAUUUGGUGGUGCAAUGAUUUUAUUAGCAGGAGAUUUUCGUCAAACAUUGCCAGUGAUUCCACGAUCAACGCCAGCUGAUGAACUCAAUGCAUGUCUAAAGUCCUCCAAUUUGUGGAAACAUGUCAAAGUACUUCAUUUAAGCAAGAAUAUGCGUGUCGAGUUGCAAAAUGCCCAAUCUGGAAACAUAUUCUCUAAACAACUCAUUGACAUUGGUAAUGGCAAAUUACCUAUAGACAUGUUGACUGGCUGCAUUAACUUUCCUCAAAGUUUUUGUCACUUAACUCAAUCAAAAGAUGAACUUAUUCAGAAGGUGUUUCCAGAUGUUUCUCAAAAUUACAGAAACCAUGAUUGGUUGAGCGAACGAGCUAUACUGGCUGCAAAAAACAUAGAUGUAAAUGAAUUAAAUUUCAAAAUUCAAGAACAAAUUACAGGCGAAUUGAGGAUAUAUAAAUCAGUUGAUUCGGCUACUAAUCAAGAUGAUGUAGUCAACUAUCCACCGGAAUUUAUAAACUCGCUGGAUUUGCCAGGAUUGCCACCUCACAAUCUUCAAUUAAAGGUCGGAUCGGUGGUUAUAAUGUUGUGAAAUAUCAACCAACCGCGUCUUUGCAACGGUACACGGUUAGCGAUAAAAAAAUUACUAAACAAUGUGAUAGAAGCAACUAUACUCAAAGGAAAGUAUAAAGGAGAAGAUUUUCUCAUACCGCGCAUCCCAAUGAUUCCGACUGAUAUGCCAUUUGAGUUUAAACGACUACAGUUUCCAGUGCGGCUUGCUUUUGCUAUGACUAUAAACAAGUUAAGUGUUUGUGGUAUUAAUCUAGAAAACCCAUGUUUCUCACAUGGUCAAUUGUAUGUUGCCUGUUACCGUGUUGGAAAACAAUCAGAUUUGUUUAUCUAUGCGCCAGGUAAUCAAACAAAAAACAUCGUAUACCACAAGGCACUACAAUGAUAAUAAUAAUAAUUAUUUAUGAUUCACAUGAUUAACAAUAAAGCGAUUACUUACUUUUAAA